GGAAGUUGCCACCACUGUGCUAGAUGGGAGUGCUUCAGUGGCAUGUGCUUGAUUUUAAGAAAAUCAGAACUCUUCAGGUUAGCACUAGGAGUACUCACCAUGUUUAUUUUAUGUUUACCUGAGUUUUUCAAAGUCCAUGAAGCUAACACUGUAGUCGUAUCGUGCAUGGAUACCUGUUCAUUAAAUAGCACCACCUUUCCACUUUGUACUUUUAAUAAUUCUUGCAAAAGAUCGCUGCAACAAAAAAGAAAAAAUCAGAUUGUGUUACUGAAGACCAUUGUAAAUCAUUCAAAUUUCCAAAAUAUUCCAUGUAUUUGCCUGUCCUCUAGUCGGGAACAACAGUCAAAUACUAAGUACUCAGAGUCUGAAUCCAGCAGAGAUGUGAAUGUUGAUCAUCAAGAAUCAAGAUCAAUAGAUAAAAAAACAAAAGACUCAUCUGAAGUGAACACAGAAGAUGCUAUUUCUUUUUAUAAAUAUUUUAAUUUCACCAUGCUUCAUGCAAAUGAAGAAGUAGAGCAUAGCACCCACUACAUUCUGGAAAUCCACAUCAACAGCUCCAUAGUCAGAGGAAGAAGUGCAGCUGAAGAAUACCUAAAUCACUCUUGUCUAAUGGCUAUGAUCAAUGACCAAAACGGCUGUAUGAACAUUUCACUUCAACUGAAGUCUUAUGUGGAAUAUCCAAUGUGUACGACGAAGAUCAUUUGGCUCAGUAUGAUUCCAGUUGUUAUUGUCUUGACUGUUUCAGUUGUCAUCUACAAAAUAGUCCAAGAAAAUGGCCAAAACUAUUGUAAGCACAGAGGAACAGCAACAUUUUCUACUGAUCAAAGGAAAAGUGGUUCCAGACUUGAUAUAAGAACCAUUUCUGCUACUAAAGUUCAUCUAUUUCCUGUGAAGGCCAACGAGCAACCGAUUCCACUUACUGCACGUAAGAUACUGCCCAUAAUUCCUGAACAAGAACACUGUCAUCUGAGUACAUCAAGUAUUGAAGAAGGACUGCUGGCAUCCAGGUGAAGUGAAUGCAGUAUGUGGGAUAAAUACUCAGAACAUGAUUAUUUAAUGUUACGUGAUAUUGGAUGGAAAGAUUAUUUAAGAGUGUGGCUGGAGAAGGACUUGCUUGUGCCUGAAGAAACAAGAAUUAGAUCUGCAUCUCGUCUUCCAUUGCAAGUGGAUUUUGAAUAACAUUUCUCACAGGAAUAGUCUCAAAGCUUAAGAAAAGCACUAUCUGUUUUAGUCUUGCUUCAAUUCCUGCAAAGAAACACUUCCUCCUUCAACCAAAAAUGCAGCUCAUUACUACUUAUGUUUGUGGGUGGCUCAGUAGCUAGCAACAUUGAAGUUACAGCUUGCAGGAAAUUUUGCUGGCUGGAAGUGCAUCUGGUUUCUUUGGAUGUGAAAGGAGGCUGUGAUCUACUUCUCUCAUGAGUGCUAGGGUCAUCUUCAUUAAGUCUGUAGCACUUUGGUCUUUGGUGGCAAAGACUAGUUUGCUCAACAAGAAAGAGCUGGCUGCAUUAAAGUACUGCACACGAACACCUAAGUACUGAGAUUGAAAAACAAUAUGAUUAUUAAAUUCAAAGAACUGACAAAGCUUUUCACAGAUGUGAUCAACUUGAUAAAAUCUGAUUGGUUUGUUUGUUUGACAAGAAGGGUAGGGUGGAAUAUCAGAAGCCUCUUGAUCAAAGAACAUCAGCUUUCUAUCACAUUCUCAGUUGCUUCCCCAAAACACAUGGAUUGCGAAUCACAAACACAGGAACUUGGAGUCAAGCCUGUAGUGAGGAAGGGUUCUAACCUGAGAUAAAAAUCUGCCUUAGCUCCACUGGUGGUAGUGCUCACAGCUGUCCUUCUCCAGAUCUGACUUCAGUCCUAUUGUAAAAAUGCCCUGGAUCUCUGAGACCAGUUGGUAACUCAAGAGCCAUGAGUUGUGUUCCUAAAGCUAACGUGUGCCAAUUCCCCUGCAUGCACAUAAGCUUUUAAAUCACUUGUGUUUUACACUUCUAAAUCUUGGCAGCCCAGGCUGUUGGGUGAGCUCUCAGUUUGGCCAAGGCACCUUCUCUGAGGUUGCACACUUCGUAGAGGAACACAUUUGAAAAUAACUCAGCUGCUGAGAUGUUUUUCAAGCAAACCACUUUUCUUUGAGUGAUGCUUUUUCUGGAUUCCACGUAGCUGAAUCUGCUUGUAGCAAACAUCAACCACAGCACAGUGUUUAUCUGUUUUUUCUGUAAUGACAUUAGCUACACAGUAAGCGCAACAGAAGCUGUAAGGAGCAGGAAAUAAGUAGUCUUCAUUUUGUUUGUUAAGAUUUCAGAAAGAAAUAAAUCUCAUUUUUAACAAACAACAUUGCAUUCUGUGUCCAUCAUUUUUAAGGUGUGAAAUAUGAGAGGACUUUUCAUAGCAUCCUAUGUCUUAGUACCCUUGAGAGCUCUGAAAUGAAGGUUUGAUAAGAUUCAUUUUUUAAUCCAUCUAUUUUACUGCUUUUAAAUCUUCCUGGGAAGGACAUGAUUUAAAAUGUUGUGGGGACAGGAGAAGAUCUCUCUGUUAGCUAUGUUAAACUUUGUCCCCAACAUGCUCUAUUCCUCAUGACAGUGUACUAAAUCAAAGUAAGUAAAAUAUGGGUGAUUUCUUUCUGAAUGCUUAACAAAAUGAAGUCUGGCAGUGUGGUGGUUACCAAUGGACAGGAAGUAAUUGGGACUAUGCAUAUCUCUAAGCAUACACAUACCAACAGGCACACAAGAAAAUAUUCAGCUGAUAGAACUCUCAACAACUUCUGCAUCCAUAUACCUUCGACCAAGGAGAAUCUUUUCAGUCUAGGUAACUUGAAUAUCUCUGUAUGUUUUCAAGAAAACUAUUAUUAUUACAUUUAGUGCUGAAGUUAAGAAUCCUUCUCUAUUUCUGCCGUCUUUCAUUAAACCACCAAUAGCAACUGUCCUGAAAAAAAUGAAUGAGUGAAGUUUCUCAGGUGCUGUAAGACAGUUCUCUGUUUAUAUGUGACAGUUGUAGAUGUAUUUCCUAACUGCUGUCAAAUGGUGACAUAAGAAUUACUGCAGAGUUCAAGGCUGUUGUUUAUUUGGUUAGAAAGCACGAGCAUUUUAUUCAGGGCAAACGUUUGCAUUAGGAGGCUUUUCAGAGACAGGAUGCUAGAAUAAAGCCCUGGAGACCCAACUUCUUUUUCAGUCUCUUCUGGUGAGUCUUCAUUACUAAUUGCACUGUGACAAGAAAUGUUUGCUCUCAGCUAAAACGAAGAGAUUGUGUUGUGCUUUUAACUUAUGAAGCACUACUUGCAUCAACUUGUACUCUUAAUGAACCCUACUGGCAUCAACUAUUAUUUUAGCAGCUCUAAAAUGCUAUGAGAUGUUUAUCUGGGUCUGUUGCUUUUUUUUUUUUUAAAAUCUGAGAUGUCAGCAAUGAAUAUUCUUUUCUGUGAUAAAUGAAAAGAUAGAAACAAGAAGGUGCAAUCCAGGAGAGCAGAUCAGAAGAAGACAAGACUAAAUUGAUAUAUUAAAGCUAGACUUCCUUUACUUAAAAAAUUCAGCAUGACAAACCAUAAGGAAACUAACAUUUCUGAAUGCACCUGAUUCAAUGACAAUUCCCUAAAACAAUGUAGGGAAAAGAAUUAUUGCAGUAAGAAUUAAAAGUGAACAAAUAAGAGUCAAUUCACUGUGCUCAUUAAAACAGCCCUAUAUAUGGUGACCAGCCUAUCUAAAGGUAUUAGAACAUUCAGCAAGGUGGUUUUGUUGAUGGUUGGCCUGGAAUCACUGUUAUGCAGGGAAGGCUUUAGCUACAUUUGUCCUUUGAGGCUGAAGCAAGCAUGUCCCAAGGAGGGAUUUUUCUCCAGCUAUGUCUGUGUCCAUCCCUUGGUAGUGGUCUGUCCUCCCCAGAGCAGACUGCUUCAGGGCUUGCUGGCCUCUCCAGUGCCACAGUCACACUUCCACCUUGCACUGAUGAGAGCAGAGCAACAACCUCAUGUGUAUGGUUUGAAAAGUAUUGUGAGCCCACUCAUAAUUUUUGUCCUCUGCCUUUUUAAAGGGAAGCAGUGUUGUAUUCUCUGUCUCAGAAGGAGCAUUAAAGGAUUUCACAGCUGACUAAGGACAGAACAGUGUUCUGCCUUAUUACGGGAAAUUAGAGGGAGAUGCUGAACUGACAGUUCUUGUUUGAAGCGCUGUCAUUUUAUGAGGGAAGGGGAAGAGAAAAGGAAGGAGGGAGGGAGAGAAAGAGGGAAGGAAGGAGUGGGGAGAAGGAAAGAAGAAAGGAGUGAGGGAGGGAGAGAAGGAAGAGAGGAAAGUAGAGAGGAAGAAAGGAGGAAAAGGAAAGAAAGAAAGAACAGGAAAAACAGGAAGAAAAUGGAGGGAAGAAGGGAGAAAGAGAAAACUGUCUUUCAGUCAACUGUCGUGGACAUUUAUUAUUAUUUUUUGAGUGUCCAGUGUCAUGCUCUGGGCUGUCUUUAGAUCAAGUUCACACAAUUUGGUCAUUGUUACCCUAAGCACUUUAUUUACUGCAUCCGUCUCUUUGACAGUCAGUGCCCCAAAGGACAAGAUGAAAUAAUCUUACUGUCCUGCCUCCCAUUAAUUCUCUUAGUAAAAGUGGUUGAUGUGUCAAAGGCUGCAUAAUAGCUAAUGAAAGUUCCGCAUCAGCAAUUGCCAACAAUUUUAGUGUGCUUCCUUUUGCCAUCAGCACUUUCAUCUCCCUUUAUAGAAAGCUUUCAGAUCCUUGAAUACGUAAAGUGCUUCACAUCUCUGUAUUUCUUUCUGAGUGACAGAUAGCUGUGUAGUUAAGCAAGAGAAGUUGUUCUACCAGUGAAUGUAUAAUUUAAGGCACAAUCUUAUCUUCAGGUGAAAUGAAUUAUAAAAUUGGAACAUAAGGUAGAUGACAGGUAACUGACAGGGAGGAUGCACAGGGGAGGAACAUAUAUGGCUAAAAAGAUGAAAAGCACAUUUACAGAAAAUAAAAUAAGUUGAUGUAUACUUUUCAUCUCAGCAGUCCGAAAGCAUGUGGACAUGUCACCUCCCAUGCAGCGCAAGAGAUCAGCAAGUAAGCUUGCAUGAGACAAUUUGAUGCCUACCCAGCUACAUUCAGAUUGGCAUCACUGCUGUCAUUUCCUAAGGAUAUCUCCUUUCCUAGCAAUGUAGAAAUUCAGCUGUACAGAGUCCAGUCUAAUACCACACUAACAUCUAAUGUGCUGGUCUAUUUAGGACAUUACCUGCGUUUGGGCCCAGUCCCUUCUGCUUUCCCAAAAAGGUAUUCAAAUAUCUUUAUUGCAGAAUUUAGUAGCACAGAUAGGAUAACUAAAAAUAGUUUUGCUUUUCAGGGCCCUGGGCAGCCUGAUCUAGUGGGUGGCAGCCCUGCCCACGGCAGAGAUUUGGAAGUGGAUAGUUUUUAACUAUCCCUUCCAGUCCAAACCAUUCUAUGAUUCCUUGAUUUUCCUUAUGUGAUUGUGACUUCACAUAAAUGUUCUCAUAUCUUAAAGAGCCCCUUGUUGUAUGUUUUCAAGCAAGACACCCACACAAACAACAGAAGACACUAAUUAUGCAGUGGAAACAGUGAAACUGUUUAAAACAUUCUAGUAGAGGAAGCACAGAGCAAGUGUGCUUGGAAGCAAGAGUGAGAUUAGUUAGGCUCUUUUUGAAAACUGUAUUUGUAAAGAACAAUAGGUGUGAUUUCAAAUUGAUGAGAUCCUUCUAGAUUUUUUGAAAAGCAUCAUUUGAGUGCUCAGAAGUGCUAAGUGUCUGCUGAUGAGAGCCAUAAUAAAAUUGGAUGUGAUGAUGCUGAGUUCAGCCACAUCUGGAUUUUCCAGUUGGCCAUUCUUGGAACAUGAAAUUUUAUUUAUGUAUUAUGCUUUCAUGAAUUCCCAUAGAUAGCAAUGAAAAAAGAUUUAUGCCCAUAUGCAGUUCUAAAUUCCUUUGAGGACUACAUAAAGUUACUUGAUCUGAAAUUAAAUUAUUUUUUUUAAGUAUCACAAAAGAUAAUUCUCCUACUGUUUCUGCUCUUUUAAUAGAUUCAAAUCUUUAUUACUCAUUUAAAUUAAAACUCCUUUUAGAAAGAAAAAGCUCACAGAAUCAGACUGCUGAGCGCAUUCCAGGGUACUUGGCAUGACUAUUGGUCUCAGCUUAAAGUGCACACUGUUUCCAAGACAGACAUUUGAAAGUUUCUGAAGGGAAGCAGUCCUGCAUGCUUGCAGAACGGGACUGUAACAGGCACUGUACAGUCUGUUUGAAACCUCUGUUCCAUUAGAUGGCAUCAAUUUUUGAUGCAUUGUAUCCUGCCUACACAUUUGCUAGAUUGCUUCAGCAGCUGCUGCCUCCAGUAUGAUUUCACAGCCAAAGAAACACUUCUUAUCCUAGUUCUCACAGCGUAAAGGAAAAGAGAGACAGAUGUUAUUCAGCCCUCAGCUACAUGAACUACCAGAAUGGGUGACAAGCUGCAUUUGCUUUUUCACUCAGUGGAGAGUAAGUACUAAAGAAAUGCAGCACAUUUUUUCCCAAGCACUUUUUAGUUUCCUGAAAACUAAAACUGAGCUUGAUUUGGAUCUGGGCAUUUUCACAUCUUGUCUCUGCAUCACAUGCAUCUUCAGGAGCUGCAGUCCAGCUUUCAAAAGACUCACUGAUGAUUACCAUACAUAUACAAGUAUACUACGUGAAAUGAAAUUGGGCACAGGUCUGCAAGUUUUCAUAAGGAUAAUUUAACUUCUGGCUGAGCAGCACUAAGUAAGAAUUACUUAAUUAACUUCUGAACACUCUGCAGCAGGUGGAUCAGUUCACAAAGAGACAUCCAGGAGUUGACACUGAGAGUCUGUGGUAUUUAGGCAGUUAUUACACAGAACACUCCUCAUCUUGCUGCCAGGAGAGGAGAUGAAAUAACUGAACAAGUUCCACUCUCAAGGAGACGAUCAUCACCUACCUUUAAAAGAGAGUUCCACAGUGAACUGUAUGGAGACAGCAGAAGCCCAGUUUGAAGUACUUUACAUCUUACUGGCUCACUGAGCUGGGUGUAUGUGGCCAGUGCUCUCCCAUGCAGCUUCUCUCUGCCUACUGGAUGCUUUUAGACAGCCCCAUGCUGCCAACGUUCCCUGAAAAUGAGGGCCUGUGGUUCUUUCUGGAGUUCCUCUACCCAAGGACCAGGUACCUGAACCAUCAUUCUAUUGAUAGGUGUCUUUUGUAGCUCUUUACCUCCAAUCUGGUGUAUAUCCUCUGUGUAAAUAACUGCUUAGUUAGAUUUUUUAUUUUUUAUUUUUUAUUUUUUUUGCUUUUUUGCCUUUCUUUGCUUUUCUUUUCCUUUUGUAACAGAGGAAAAGUAAUUACUGUAAAUGUGAAAGAAAUGUAGCAUUGUGAAGGGCACUGCAUUGACAUUUAAGAAAAUACUGCUUUUUAACCUCCUCUUAUUUCUGAUAUUAAUGUUUUUUUUCA